AUGUCAUCUUCCCCAGCUGCUAAUGCACGAGUAAUUGCAGAUCAGAGCGAUUGUUCCCUAGCCGAGCAAUCAGCUCCUGCAUCAACGACGGCUCCAUCAGUAACCCGACAAACCCCCCGACGCAGUCCAUCUAAUUCCAACGUCAAUAUUUCCACACACCGGCAGAGCUUCGCUGAAAAUAUGCGCACUAUGCCAUCUUCCCCUAGACACCGACCCCCGUCACUGACGCAAGCCGCCGUUCAGGAUUUGAUGAAUAAUCCGCCCACGAAGAAGCAUAGCAACCACAGAUUCAGCGGUCGGGAUUGGAGAGACAUCACGGUUGGCGAGCUCGUCUGCCCAGAAGAUGUUUGCUGGGUCGAGCUGGACGACAGUGUGGAGUAUGCGACAAAGAUGCUGUUGAAAUGCCCCACCAACGCCGUCCUUGUCCGCGACUCCCAGACCUCAAAUAGCGUCACAUCUACUUUCGAUUUCAGCGAUUUGAAUACAUAUCUUCUCCUCGUCGUCGGCUUAACGAAGCCCGAGGAUCAUCAAGUUGCCCUUUUCAACGAUAUCAUAUCCAAGGCCCAGAAAAACCAAAGAAUACCUCUACGUAUAUUGCAACCAAUAUUUUGUAGAGAAGCGACAGUGCAGCUUGAUGCCAGCAGUAGUCUAGCACAGGGCAUUGAAAUUCUCGGCAGUGGAAUACACCGAAUAGUCAUUUCUGACUUGUCCAAUCAUGUUGUUGGUGUGAUGAGCCAGCUGCGUGUGGCCGACUUCUUUUGGAAUGAGGGUGUGAACUUUCCAACAAUCGAACGACUCUACCCCGCUAUGCUACGUGAUCUUGGCAUAGGGACGCAAAAAACGAUUUCAGUCAACUCUGAUUCACCUCUCUCAGAAGCCCUCACAACGAUGAACGAAGAAGGGCUGACGAGUGUUGCCGUUGUUGACAAUGGUCAUAACGUAGUUGGCAACAUUUCAACCAAGGAUGUUCGCCAUCUCACGAACACUUCAAGCGCUCCUCUUCUUAAUUCGUCCUGCAUGCACUUCAUUUCUGUUAUUCUGAAUGAGCGUGGCGUUGAAAAGGGGCAGGACGCCUUUCCGGUUUUCUAUGUCAACCCUAAUUCCAGUCUGGCUCACACUGUUGCCAAACUAGUAGCGACAAGAUCACAUCGCAUGUGGGUGGUUGAAUCGGCGUCACCCUCUCCCUCUGCUCCAGCAACCCCGUUGAUAUCUGCGCAAGCGUCCUCUACGGGAGCGCCAGCAUCUCCAGCGCUCGCAGCUACAGUUCCAGCCUCUGCGCUGGCCGGCGCCCAGCUUUCUGGGAAGCUAACUGGUGUUGUUUCACUGACCGAUAUCAUCAAUAUUUUCGCUAGAACUACUGGUUUAAAGCCAGGUGAUCCUAGUGAACAACGGGCGAGGCGCCGACGGAGCUCUAGCAGCUCCAUUCGGCCCAGCCUGGAUCUCACUAGAAACAGUGCAGAUGCCCGUCGGUAA